UCUGCAAAAUAACCAUAUUCUAGAUUACAUUUUGUCAGUUAUGUUAUUGUAUUGUAAAUAAGCUUGCAUAAUCCUUUCUAUAUGUAAGUCCUACUGUUGUGUUAGUCUAUUUUGUUUUACUCGGACCUUCAUUUUAAGUUGAAUAAAGCCUAUGAUCCUUUUCGUUCGUCAUAUAGGUUUCCGGCAUAGGUUUUACACAUUAGUGAUUAAUUAGGAGUGUAAAUGGUUACUGUGAAAAAAUAAAAUUGAAGACGUUACCUUCAGCAAAAGCUGCCAACAUUUCUUCAAAACUGAUACUCAUUUUUCUGUUGGGUUCUCAAGAUUGUAUCCCCUUUCCCAGAGUUUUACAAUAUUAUGAGGUUGAUUAUGAAUGUAAUUCUUACUCUGGAUCAAUUACUUUCUGACAUUCAAGUUGUGCACUCUACUGUAUUAUGGAGAGGAGACUUUAAAGAUAUUUCAACCAAAUUAUUUCAAAGAGUUCCAGCCAAGUAUCAUCCAGACAUAAUACAAAGAGGUGAAAUAUCAGCUGCAUUAUGUUAUGCUAUCCUGCAAAGUUAUCCUGGGGCUUCAGUUUCCAACUUUCGUCAGUUCACUGAUUCUCAGUUGAUCUUCACUGUGGAAGAAAAGAGUUUCCUAGUAAAUGAUGUUGAAAGUGGAAAAGCUAACCAAACUUUGGGUUCAUUUUUAGCUUCUCUAAGUGAAAAUGAAAAGUUAGAUUUUAGUAGCUUUGGUACAUACAGGAACAUAAAGAGAUUCAUUUUUACUACUGACACCUCAAUCGGGAUAACUAAAACACAACAGGAAGCAACUAAAGAGCUGCCAAGCCAACCAGAACCUGAAGUUAAACCAACUAUAAACAAAGAAGUUCCAGUUUUAUCUGAAUCCAGUUCAUGCACUGAGGAAGAUCAAACUACUGAUCUCUUUGCAAGUGUAGCAUAUGAGGAUGCUGCGUUUCUCAUGGACAACAAACGUUUUCAAGAAGCGCUCACACUUCUUGAGCAGUGUACGCUUAAGGGUGAGCAGUGUUGUGUACAACUUCGGAUAUCUUUAUGUCUGCGUGAAUGCAACAGGAGACAAGAAGCUGAUAAGUUAUUGCACAGCACAAUCCAUGAUCUCAAAACCAAACCACCUACAAGCAAAAAAAUUAGUCUUGCAAGCUCUAUUGUUAAAAUAGCAAAGAUGUUUGGAGAAUAUAAUGCCUUUUCCAGAUCUGUACUCAUCCUCCUGGCAGCUGCACAACUACUAGCCAGUGUUAGCUGUGAUAAUGUUGCAGGUAUCGAGUUAAUGAAUAUAAUGGCUUGUCUGCGACGGUUUCAAAGCAAAUCUGAUCAAUCUUACCGAAUAAAUGAAAUGAUACAUAAAAGCAUGCUAGAAGUAUUUAAGUUGCUUAAGGAAUUCACUUUUAAAACAAAAUCUGAAGAAGUAGACACAGUAAGCCAUGGUCACCGCCACUUGGCUGCAUCAUAUGAGAAGAUUUUUGAGGCAACUAAAGCUGAGGAACAAUAUAAAGCUGCCGUUGAAAUCUUGGAAAAUGGUUUUGGUGAAUCUGCGAAGUUGUACUAUAACUAUGCAAUAUGUACACACAACAUUGCAGUUAAAAUGGAGGAAAGAGGUGACAUGGUGUCUGCAAAAGUGUGGUUCACAAAUGCAAUUGAAAGACACAAAGCAGCAGAAGAUUGGAGCACAGAGCAAGAACGGGAGAAAGCGAUAGAACUUUCAAUUAUUGGGCUGAGUAAAAUUAGUGUUUAACAUUCUGAACUUAUCGUUUUUGGUGUAUGUUACUGUUCCAGAGUUCUAAUAUAAACUUUUGCAAUUUUUUCAUUGUGUAUAUAUAUAUAUAUAUAUAUAUAUACAGUAUUAUUUUAUACUGAAUGUUUAUUAGAACUUUAAUUGUGUGUUUAACAAAGUCAUGUUUAUACAGUAAACAUUUAAAUUGCUAAAAAUGUAAUUAUAAAAUAAAAGAUAGUACUGAUGCUGAUUACCACUAGUGUUUUGCUCAAUAAAGAAUAAUAUAAAAAUGCUGUUACCAUAA